AUGACACAAUGGAUUUUUUGCUUACUCUGUAUAACAACAGUAGCUCAGAGUCAAACCACCAAGCAAGUUCUCACGGGAACUUGGACGGUGAGUGACAAUGAGGAGAGAGAGUUCACCGUGGACACGCCAUAUGGAUUGGAUAGUUAUUCUGCUCUGAAGAUUGGUGGUUUUCUCGACGAUCCUUUACUAGAUACACACGAUACCGAUUAUCGAUGGGUUGCAAAUAAAAAUUGGACUUUCACGCAUGUAUUUCGUGUGAAUCCGGACAGUCGACGGGGCCUGGUCAACGAACUGGUAUGGAACGAACUGGAUACGUUUUGUCGGGUCUCGAUCAACGACAUCCUCCUAGAUCAAGUGAACAAUAGUUUUUUAUAUCGGUCUUGGCACCUUGGAAAUUACAUUCGUAUUGGAGGAGUAAAUAUCUUGAAGUUGGAAUGCACAUCCACUACUCAAGUAGUCAAUCAGAUUGCCAAAUCAAUGAAAAGUCCUCCACCGCCAGAUUGCUGGCCCUCGGGUUUUCAUGGUGAAUGUCAUGUCAAUCUAGUGCGUAGCACCCAGGCAUCCUUCGGUUGGGACUGGGGUCCAGCUUUUCCCAUACAGGGAUUCUGGCAACCUCCUCAGCUGAUUCGAUCAGAGUUGGGGUGCCGGUUUGGGACUGGGUUCCGAUUUUUCGCCUCCAUUUCUAAUGGGAAUAAUGGCAGUGUUCGCGAUUUUGUCAUUGCACCUCAAACUAUUUUAUGGAACGCUGCUGUUAGUGUGGAAGUUGUUUUUGUCCCACCGAUGUCUGACAGAUUGAGAAGUUUUUGUAUAUCGUAUAUCGUGGAUGACCUAAUUCCGAAAGGCGGUAUGCAAUGUUUCACCCGCUACAGAAUUAUGAACAAGUUGGAUGUUCCUGUGAAUCUGCUAAUCAGGCAAUCCGGAGUGACCCCAUGGUGGCCGAAUGGAAUCGUCACAGGACCACACACGUAUCGGUUGCAGCUGAAAUUGAUCACAACUAAAGGCACAGUGCUGGAUCAAACGGAGCACACAAUCGGCUUUCGACUAUUCGAUGUGAUCGAACAACCAGUAAAACCGGAACAACUAUCUCUGGGUUUGUCGUUCUACUUUCGCGUGAAUGGUCUUCCGGUAUUCGCAAAAGGAGCUAAUUGGAUUCCGUCUCGAUUACUUCCUGGGCGGUCAAGUGGACACAUGCGACUGGUAAAUGAUACACUACCACUCGGCUUUGGUUCUGCACGCCAGCUAUUAGCCAGUGCAGCCGUAGCUGGAGUGAAUGUUAUUCGCAUAUGGGGCGGUGGACGUUACGAGCCGGACUCGUUCUAUGACGAAGCUGAUCGUCUGGGACUGAUGAUUUGGCACGAUAUGAUGUUUGCCGUAUCUACCUAUGCCAAACAAGAUCCCGGGUAG